UCAGAGUGGAGGAAAUAGCUGUUGUCAGCUCCAACACUUUUAUAGAUACCAACCAGCCGAGUGCCCGUGAAGUUGACAGAGAAGCUAUGUAACGGCUCUAAAGUCGAAUUGUGCGCGGUGUGGCGAGCAGACUGUGUUGUGUCGUGAGGACGGAGGAGGAACAUCAGACCAGACACGUUGGAAUUUGGGAAUCAUCACUCUUUCUGAGAGUCAAUACAAAGGAAUGGCCAAAGAGCCAAAACAAAGCAGAGCAGAGACACUAACUUUGGCUGGCUCCAAUGGUCACAAUGAUCAACAGUGGCAGACUGGUUUAAGUUCCCAGCAGAAUCACCAUCGGGGCAUUAACCACAUGUCCAAGAUGGCUCGUCGUUGCUUGGAUGUGAAGCAGAAGUGCGCUGCCUAUGUGCUGGCACUGCGACCAUGGAGCUUCAGCGCCUCACUCACACCAGUGGCACUCGGCAGCGCUUUAGCAUACAAACUCGAGGGAUCUGUGGAUGUGGUUAUCCUGAUGGUGUGUGCAGUGGCUGUCCUGGUGGUCCAUGGGGCUGGGAACCUUGUAAACACCUAUUAUGACUUCUCCAAAGGAAUUGACCACAAGAAGAGUGAUGAUAGGACUCUUGUGGAUGAGAUCUUGGCCCCGCAGGAUGUGGUUAUGUUUGGAGCAUUGCUGUAUUCAUUGGGGUGCUUGUGUGCCACACUGCUUUACUUCCUGUCUACACUUAGACUGGAGCACCUGGCCCUUAUUUACUUUGGAGGCCUGUCCAGCUCAUUUCUGUACACAGGAGGCAUUGGCUUGAAGUAUGUGGCUCUGGGUGAUGUAGUGAUCCUUAUCACCUUCGGUCCACUGGCAGUCAUGUUUGCCCACGCCGUUCAAGUUGGCUACCUAUCAGUGAUGCCGCUGGUGUACGCCAUUCCUCUGGCCCUCAACACAGAAGCCAUUCUCCACAGCAACAAUACGAGAGACAUGGACUCUGACAAGCAGGCAGGAAUCGUCACCCUAGCCAUCCUCAUAGGCCCCACUUUGUCAUACAUCCUCUACAAUCUCCUGCUCUUUGUCCCCUAUGUGCUAUUCUGCAUCCUAGCAACACGCUACACCAUCAGCAUGGCCCUGCCUCUGCUUACGCUGCCCAUGGCCUUCUCCUUGGAGAAGCAGUUUCGCAGCCGAUGCUACGUCAAAAUCCCCCAGAAAACAGCCAAGCUCAACCUCCUCAUGGGACUUUUCUAUGUCUUUGGGAUCAUUCUGGCUCCUCCUGGCAAUUUGCCGUUACUGUGAUUCAUUAGUUUUGUUAUAUAACAGUUAAAUGUUUU